AUGUCUUCCCCUCUUUCCAAAGAGUUAAGACAGAAGUACAACGUGCAAUCCAUGCCCAUCCGAAAGGAUGAUGAAGUUCAGGUUGUACGAGGACACUAUAAAGGUCAGCAAAUUGGUAAAGUAGUCCAGGUUUACAGGAAGAAACAUGUCAUCUACAUUGAAUGGAUGCAGCGGGAAAAGGCUAAUGGCACAACUGUCCACGCAGGCAUUCACCCCAGAAAGGUGGUUAUCACUAGGCUAAAACUGGACAAAGACUGCAAAAAGAUUCUUGAAUGGAAAGCCAAAUCUCGCCAAGUAGGAAAGGAAAAGGGCAAAUACUAGGAAGAAACAAUUGAGAAGAUGCAGGAAUAAACUAAUCUUAUAUACAAGCUUUGAUUAAAACUUGAAACAAAC